AUGAGUUCCGAGGGUCUGUCUGGGUUCAGAAGUGACACGAGUCCCGAGGGUCUAUCUGGGGUCAGAAGUAACAUGAAUUCCGAGGGUCUAUCUGGGGUCAGAAGUGACAUGAGUUCAGAGGGUCUAUCUGGGGUCAGAAGUAACAUGAAUUCCGAGGGUCUAUCUUGGGUCAGAAGUGACAUGAGUUCAGAGGGUCUAUCUGGGGUCAGAAGUAACAUGAAUUCCGAGGGUCUAUCUGGGGUCAGAAGUAACAUGAAUUCCGAGGGUCUAUCUGGGGUCAGAAGUGACAUGAGUUCCGAGGGUCUGUCUGGGGUCAGACGUGACAUGAGUUCAGAGGGUCUAUCUGGGGUCAGAAGUGACAUGAGUUCAGAGGGUCUAUCUGGGGUCAGAAGUGACAUGAGGUUCAGAGGGCUGUCUUGGUUCAGAAGUGACAUGAGUUCAGAGGGUCUGUCUGGGUUCAGAAGUGACAUGAGUUCCGUGGGUCUAUCUUGGUUCAGAAGUGACAUGAGUUCAGAGGGUCUGUCUUGGUUCAGAAGUAACAUGAGUCCCGAGGGUCUAUCUGGGGUCAGAAGUGACAUGAGUUCAGAGGGUCUGUCUGGGGUAGGAAGUGACAUGAGUCCCGAUGGUCUGUCUGGGGUCAGAACUGACAUGACUCACGAGGGUCUGUCUGGGUUCAGAAGUGACAUGAGUUCAGAGGGUCUAUCUGGGGUCAGAAGUGACAUGAAUUCCGAGGAUGUAUGUGAGGUCAGAAGUGACAUGAGUUCCGAGGGUCUGUCUGGGUUCAGAAGUGACAUGAGUUCAGAGGGUCUGUCUUGGGUCAGAAGUGACAUGAGUUCCGAGGGUCUAUCUUGGGUCAGAAGUGACAUGAGUUCCGAGGGUCUGUCUGGGUUCAGAAGUGACACGAGUCCCGAGGGUCUAUCUGGGGUCAGAAGUGACAUGAGUUCCGAGGGUCUGUCUGGGGUCAGAACUGACAUGAGUUACGAGGGUCUGUCUGGGGUCAGAACUGACAUGAGUUACGAGGGUCUAUCUUUGGUCAGAAGUGACAUGAGUCCCGAGGGUCUGUCUGGGGUCAGAAGUGUAUUAGUUGCGAGUCUAUUUAAAAUGACGUACAUAUAA